GUGUACAGUACACUUUGGUUAGUUGUUCAUUGCUGAAGUCGUUGAGAGGUUCAAAAAGCAAAUUCUGAAAGCUGUUUCUGUGUCAUCAUGGCUAGAACAAAGCAAACUGCCCGUAAGUCAACUGGAGGAAAAGCUCCAAGGAAGCAGCUUGCCACCAAGGCUGCUCGUAAGAGUGCUCCGUCAACUGGUGGAGUGAAGAAGCCUCACAGAUACCGUCCUGGUACUGUCGCUCUUCGUGAGAUUCGUCGUUACCAGAAAUCCACUGAGCUUCUUAUCCGCAAGCUGCCCUUCCAGCGUCUUGUUCGCGAAAUCGCUCAGGACUUCAAGACUGACCUUCGUUUUCAGUCGGCAGCCAUUGGUGCUCUUCAGGAGGCAAGCGAGGCCUACCUGGUCGGCCUCUUCGAGGACACCAACUUGUGUGCCAUCCAUGCUAAGCGUGUCACUAUCAUGCCCAAGGACAUCCAGCUGGCACGUCGCAUCCGUGGCGAGCGGGCAUAAGCUGCUCGUGGCUUACUGAUAUUCAUGCAAUAAAUAUCUGCUGCUUAUACCCGUACACCCGUAUGCAUGUAGCGUGCUUCCUGGACCUUGUACGGGUAGGUUCUAAUGAUAGAUUUUCGGUGUGUCACAUCUACAUCAUGCAACUUUGGUCGCGUACUUGAGUGGUAGCGCAUCACGCCCCAACCUGGACACACUAGCAUGCUUUCGAGUCCAUCAUAAUUAUCUGAUAUAAAAUAUUUUUCAACUUUUACAGUGCUCAUGUGAUUGAUCCAUGUCUUUGUUUUUCUACUGAUCAAUGAAAAAGAUCCAUAGUUGAGUUGGUCAGUCGUAUACCACAA